AUGGGAGUCUGCCUAUCCUCUGAACUUGGGUCAGUCACUGCCAGUGCACAUCAUGGCCAACUGUUUCCAGGUAUCAAUGUUACAGCAAGUGAAAUCUGGACAAUGUCCACAAAAAUGCAGCCAUCUUCUGCUUCCACUGAGCCAGCCACCGUCACACAGAGUGAAGUGACACCAACCAACCCACCCACUGUCAUGCAAAUGAAUGUGUUCUUCCUAUCUACCUCAACAGACUCAGCUACUGACACUGGUGUACAAGCUUCAACCCCAUCACCUUCAAUCAAGCCAUCAGCAGUCACACAUACUAAAGUUUUAUCCCAUCCUACCUCAGCUGCGAGUGUAAGAUUAAAGAGUAUACAUGGUACUACCUCCACUAGCACUCCUUGUGUCACUGGCACAGCAGUGGGGCCUUUGCCAAAUGUUUCUCUGCCUACUCAGGAUCCAGUUGCUUACUUUGAAUUUGCCAUUGUGCCCAACUCUUCAAAUGAUCUUUCACUUGAGAACAUAUCAGAAAGACAUCAGACUACAGCAUCCUUACAGAAAACCAGAAGUGUUUCACAGGUGACCAAUGCACUCUCAACUCCAGAGAGUAAGAUAAGGUUCACAAACGCUGCACUGGAAGAUGCACCAAAUACAUCUCCAUCAGUUUUAAUGACUGCAGCCACCUGGUCUCCAACCACUGCCACCUCAUGGCAGAAUGAAGCAAGCUUAAGUAAACCUUUACAAGAACGACCAAUAAUCACAAAAUCUCCAGAAAUUGAUUUUCUCAAGGAAUUCCAAGUACCAUUGUCAGGAGGAGUAAGAGAGCUGGAAGGAUCAAAUCUCUUCAGCUCAGCUUUCCGCCUAACCCCUACUGCACAUCUGAGAAAAGAAACAGGAGCUGUGCAUCAAGAUGGAAUUCCUGCUGAAUAUUCCAUCAUUGCUACAUUCAGGAUGUUGGGAGACACUGCACAAAGUGAGUGGAAUUUAUGGGAGGUCCGCGACAUUGAGGGAAGAGAGCAAGUUGGUAUUCGCUUUCUUGGUGAUUCAAGAGCAUUGGACUUUUUCUAUAAAACUCCACAUGACACCAUCACGUUUCAAACAUUCACCAAAGUGAAUAUACUCUUCGAUGGUUCGUGGCACAAGUUAGCACUUGGUGUAAGUGGAAAAGAGGUCAUACUGCUCAUUGACUGCAGGCAAAUCGACACCAUUCCUAUUCGCCAUCAAGGGGAAAUAAAUGGAAAUGGUUACACCUCAAUAGCAAGAAGUUUGCUGGAGGAUGCAACAGUUUCUAUUGACCUGCAACAAUUAGAACUGUACAGUGACCCUGGCAAAGUCUUCUCUGAAAAUUGCUGUGAUCUUUGUGACAAGAGAACAGAAUACAGAAUGAAUGAGAAUCUACCACUUUGCGAGUGUCUUCAUGGACAUCAAGGGCUUCAAAGUAACACAGUUUCUCAGGGUGCAAGGGAUGACAAUGGUUCUAAUGGGAGAGUCAUUGUCACUGGACCCGGGGGUAUGGCUGGAAUUAAAGGAAACAAGGGAGUACAAGGAAGACCAGGCCAAAGAGGUUUAGAUAGCUCUAAAGAUUAUAAAGGAUUGCAGGGGGCCAUGGGAUUUAAGGGUAUUUCAGGACCUAGUCCACAAGGUGAAAAGAUAGGAUUUAACACAGAGUGUGGAAUUCCUGGAGAUCCAGGUCAACCUGAAAGAGAUGGAGCUCCAGGCAUUGAGCCAUAUCAAGGACCACAGGGACUGAAAGGACUAAAAGGCAUUACUGGACCCAAGGGAGAGAAAGGACUUCAGGGACCUCGAGGUCACAAAGGUCCAAAAGGAAAACCUGGACCAAAAGGCUAUAAGGGUCAUGCAGGGAUACCAGGGUGGCAUGGAAUUGUUGGGUAUCCUGGAAAUCAGGGCCAUGCAGGAUACCCAGGACCAAGUGGAGUAAAGGGGAACAAAGGUGCUGAGGGAAUAGAAGGAAAUGAAGGUCCCAAGGGUGAAAAAGGAGAAAAAGGACCAAAAGGAGAACCAGGUGAUGAAGGUGAUACUGGACCAAGGGGUUUCAAGGGCAAAAGAGGUCCUCCUGGAGAACCAGGCAAAAGGGGUUCUCUUGGAGAACGUGGUCUACCUGGUGAUGCAGGCUUGCCUGGGUUUUCUGGACCUGCUGGACCUCCUGGACCUGUUUUACCUGCCAAUCAUGUGAUUGAGGUCUGCAAAAGCCUCGUUCUUGAACAGAUAUCACUAUAUACAAAUAUGGUGAGAAGAAAAUGUAUCAAUGCUUGCCCUCUUUAUGGAGCUGUUCCCACAGGGCUUCCUGGACCGAAUGGUGAAAAGGGACAACCUGGGAAAUCUGGUAGUCCGGGAAUCAAUGGAUACGAUGGAGAAGCAGGACUAGAAGGGUUCACAGGAGCACUGGGUGAACCAGGACUACAAGGGUCAAAAGGUGAACAUGGAGAUCCCGGUGACAAAGGUUCUCAAGGUGCUGGGCUCCCUGGAUUUAUAGGGGUACAGGGCUCAAGAGGUGAGCAUGGAAAGCCCGGAUCAAGCAUACCUGGACAAGCAGGACAACAAGGUCCACGAGGUCACACAGGGCGACGAGGCCCAAGAGGAUAUCCAGGACAUAGGGGAAAUCCAGGUGUCUGGGUUCUCUAUGAUUUUAGCUUCCUAAACCUUGCAUACAUUUAUCUUUUGAUUAAAUUCACUACCUCUCCUGGCAUCCAAAGUUCCCUUAACUUGCCACAUGUGUUCUUUCUUACUGGGACAUACAACGGGACGGAGUGUGACACUGACACCCGCCCUGCCGCGGUCUCGAACGGGACUGAGCGCGACACUGACACCCGCCUGGCCGCGGUCUCGAACGGGACUGAGCGCGACACUGACACCCGCCCUGCCGCGGUCUCGAACGGGACUGAGCGCGACACUGACACCCGCCCUGCCGCGGUCUCGAACGGGACUGAGCGCGACACUGACACCCGCCCUGCCGCGGUCUCGAACGGGACUGAGCGCGACACUGACACCCGCCCUGCCGCGGUCUCGCACGGGAGAACGGGACUGAGCGCGACACUGACACCCGCCUGGCCGCGGUCUCGCACGGGACUGAGCGCGACACUGACACCCGCCCUGCCGCGGUCUCGAACGGGACUGAGCGCGACACUGACACCCGCCCUGCCGCGGUCUCGAACGGGACUGAGCGCGACACUGACACCCGCCCUGCCGCGGUCUCGAACGGGACUGAGCGCGACACUGACACCCGCCCUGCCGCGGUCUCGAACGGGACUGAGCGCGACACUGACACCCGCCCUGCCGCGGUCUCGAACGGGACUGAGCGCGACACUGACACCCGCCCUGCCGCGGUCUCGCACCGGAGAACGGGACGGACGCGACACUGACACCCGCCCUGCCGCGGUCUCGAACGGGACUGAGCGCGACACUGACACCCGCCCUGCCGCGGUCUCGAACGGGACUGAGCGCGACACUGACACCCGCCCUGCCGCGGUCUCGAACGGGACUGAGCGCGACACUGACACCCGCCCUGCCGCGGUCUCGAACGGGACUGAGCGCGACACUGACACCCGCCCUGCCGCGGUCUCGAACGGGACUGAGCGCGACACUGACACCCGCCCUGCCGCGGUCUCGAACGGGACUGAGCGCGACACUGACACCCGCCCUGCCGCGGUCUCGCACCGGAGAACGGGACGGAGUGUGACACUGACACCCGCCCUGCCGCGGUCUCGAACGGGACUGAGCGCGACACUGACACCCGCCCUGCCGCGGUCUCGAACGGGACUGAGCGCGACACUGACACCCGCCCUGCCGCGGUCUCGAACGGGACUGAGCGCGACACUGACACCCGCCCUGCCGCGGUCUCGAACGGGACUGAGCGCGACACUGACACCCGCCCUGCCGCGGUCUCGCACCGGAGAACGGGACGGAGUGUGA